AUUUCCGGCAAACAUCCAACAUGGACGCCAGCGGUCUGAAGCUAAACUUCUGGGAGAAUGGACCUAAACCGGGCCAGUUUUAUUCAUUCCCGGGCACCAGCAGUGUUGGAUGUGGUCCUGUUCGACACACACUGACCCCCAUGGUCACUGGAACGUCAGUGCUGGGGGUGAAGUUCACAGGUGGUGUCGUCAUAGCUGCUGACAUGUUGGGUUCAUACGGCUCACUGGCAAGAUUCCGCAACAUCUCCCGCCUCAUGAAGGUGAACAGCAGCACCAUCCUGGGAGCUUCAGGAGACUACGCCGACUACCAGUACCUCAAAAAGGUCAUCGAGCAGAUGGUCAUAAACGAGGAGCUGCUGGGGGACGGUCACAGCUACAGUCCCAAGGCGGUCCACUCCUGGCUCACCAGAGUCAUGUACAACCGCCGCAGCAAGAUGAACCCUCUGUGGAACACCGUGGUCAUCGGCGGCUUUUACAACGGAGAGAGUUUCCUUGGUUAUGUAGACAAGCUGGGCGUGGCCUACGAGGCCCCCAUGGUGGCAACUGGCUUUGGUGCCUACUUGGCUCAGCCUCUGAUGAGGGAGGCGUGUGAGAACAAGGCGGAGCUGAGCAAACAGGAAGCGCGAGAGCUGGUGGAACGUUGCCUCAAAGUGCUCUACUACAGAGAUGCUCGCUCCUACAACAAAUAUGAGAUUGCCAUAGUAACAGAGGAGGGCGUCGAGAUCAUCGGACCUCUGUCUUCUGAAACCAACUGGGACAUCGCUCACAUGGUCAGUGGCUUUGAGUGACCACCAGGGGGAGGAAGUCUUCAAGUUUCUCAUGCAACUGUUUGCUCCCCAAAAAAUUCGUGUCACUUUUGUAUCAUUGAAAAUAAAUGUGUUAAAUGAAAAAUGACAUUGUUUUUGGAAAGAUGUGUUUGAAUAUAAAUGCAGUAGC